AUGUCAGAUGCGGGGCCUGAGGAGGAGGAUCGUGGAGCCCCGUCCUCUCGGAGGCGAACUGCGAGGGCUUGCGAUUCAUGUUACAAGAGGAAGAUCAAAUGUGAUGCUGCUGCACCGCAAUGUAAUUGGUGCAGUCACCAUAAUAUUCCUUGCACCUUUGAUCGGGUCAUUCGGAGAAAGCGAAAAGAGAACAGUGAACCCGCGCAACAGAAAAGCUCCCGUUUGGCGGAGCGAAUAAGCAGGAUAGAGAAGCUUCUGUCGGAGAGCCUACUGAAAGAAUCUGGUGCCAAUCUGUCACCGAGCAGUGGCAGCUCAGACCUUGAUUUCUCACGACAUCCCUCACCUCCAAGCCAGCCUCAGGUGUCGUCCUCUUCCGUGACGCUCCAUUUCGCCGGCCGGGAGCUAGGCGUCAUCAGUUUGAUGACAAGGAUCCCAUUCCUGCUUCCUGAGGGCCGACAGUGGAUUCAAGCACGUACAGGACGACAGAUUUCCGAGGAUAAACUCAACAGUUAUUCCCGGCCACCGUGGGAGAGACAGCGCGCCUUAAGCUCAAACCGGUAUUUGACGAGCAUGCUGCCUCAGAGGAUGCUUGAACUUCCCGAUCGACAUGCGGUUGAAGUACACUUUGACAUAUUCCGCACGACUCUAAUGCAACGAGUGUUUCCGAUUGUGGAUCCUGUUCUAUUUCCUGACACCAUCAAGGCCGCGUACUCGCAAUCGAGUCUAAGCGCCACACGAGCAGACGUCAGGGCCUGUAUUCUAUCAUUUCUUGCCUUUAGUUCUAUUCUCCAAGUUCCGGAAUACAAGGAUAGACCGCUUGGCCUUCCGCCGAUCGACAGCGAGGGACUUGCCCUCAAGGCUCAAUGUCUAAUCCCGCAGGUUCUCCGGGAGGAUGCAGGCUUAGAGGGUCUGCAGGCGCUUAUCAUUAUGGCGCUCUUCGAACUAGUCACUGGUAAUCUGUGUACAGCAAACUACUACGUCUCUGUUGCGGCACGGAUAGUAUAUAUGCUAGGAGGCCAUGCCUAUCCCGGCCCCAUGAACUCGUUCUCAGAAUCCCCUGCCGAGCACCUCGAGCAGAGAAAGAAAAGGCACCUCAGGAACCUAUUCUGGCUUUGCUAUACGAUCGAGAAGGAUGUGGCCCUUCGCACAGGACAACCACAGGUCCUCACCGACGAAAAUUGCGACCUGACGCUGCCCCCUGGUUAUGUAGAGCAACUGUACAGCAGCUUGGGCAUUCACCAUCAUUCCCGAGAACUGCCGGACCAUCCGAUGUUCCCAGUGGAUCUACGCCUGAGCAUCAUCAAAUCUCGAGCCUAUAGCGCUCUAUACUCGUUCCGAGGGCUCCAGAAGACAGACGCAGAGCUACUGAAGGAGAUUCGCGAACUGGACGACGAGCUGGAAAGGUGGAGGAUGUCCGUCCCGCCGGAAUGGAGACCUACUCUGUCUUUCUCCCACGAGACCCCGGAUCCAAACGUCAGUAUGCAUUCCGUCAUGCUACGGCUGAACUACCACCUCUGCAUGACAAUCAUCCACCAGGCCAGCAGUCGAUGCAAAUCGUGGGUUCAGGGACAGGGCGGAAUGAUCGAAGGAGUAAGUUCGAGCCUGGCUCUCUCUGUCGAAGCGAGCCGCUCCACAUUACUCUACCUCGAGUCGGCGGAGCAUGUUCUCGUUGACGGCGUUUUCUGGACCCUCAUCUUCUACCCUAUGUCGGCUCUGAUCGCAAUUUUCUGCAACGUCCUGCAGAAUCCCUCUGACCCGCAAGCCACGAAGGAUCUGGCGUUGCUUCGGACAGCAACCUCCAUCAUGGAACGGGUCUUCUUGCGCCAAUUGAUGUCCAUAGACGAGGUCGUCCACAUAAAGAUGGUUGCGGAUUUCGUGACGGAGCUGUACACGCUCGCAGCGUGCGCUGUUGAGAAAGCGUGGAAGGAGCGUGCGGGACAGGGCUCUUGACUCGUUUAUAUCUGGUUGAAUAGACUUGCGAUAGAUACUACUUGUGCUGGCCCACAAGGACUUGAUAGAUUAUGGUGGAGCGGGCAUUUUAUGAUGAUUCUACUCGGCUUAUCAUGGACAUGGGUUAAAAGCUACGUGAUUUUGAAGGAAAAAAAGAGACGAGACUGGUCAUGUGCAGGCUAGCCAGCUACAAUCCGCAGGAAAUAGUUCUAAAUAUGCGAGACC